AUGAAGGCAUCACUUGUCCUGUCGCUGCUUGGCGCGUGCACACAAUCAGCGUAUGCAGUCGUCCAGUUCCCUUUCGCAAAGCAUGGCAGCCCAGCGCACAACACCGCCGCCGGGGCCGCUACUAAAUCGCGAGCCUUGAACCAGGACUUUUUCUUGGGAGCUUUGACAUACGUUGUGAACGCCUCGGUCGGGACGCCUAGCCAGCCGGUGUCUCUUGUUCUCUCGCCAUCCUCGUCAGACACAUGGGUUGUCGAUUCUAGAGCCUACGAAUGCACAUACUCCAGCAAUUACUACAGCAGCUACGAUGAUUAUGAUACCUCUGACUCAGGGGAUUCUACUGAAAGCACCGAGUCUAAGUACUGCGUAUGGGGAAGCUUCUCACCCAAUGUUUCGUCCACAUUCAAGGACGAGUCUUCUUCUUCUGAUGACGACUCGAGCUCUAGCUACAGCUCUAGCUCUAGCUACAGCUUCAGUAACGACUACUCUGACGGAUCAUGGGCCUACGGGGGUUAUUUCAACGACGUGAUUUCCCUGGGCGACGUGACCUUUGACAACUUCAGCCUUGGCCUGGUCAACGAUACCAACCGCUACAUUGGUGUUCUCGGCCUCGGCUAUAAUGACACUAAAUACUCAACCUUCACGGAUCGGCUGCUGGAGCAAGGGCUAAUCAACAGCACCGCGUAUUCGAUCUGGGUCGAUGAUGCGAAAGCAAACGCGGGCAACAUUCUCUUCGGCGCUAUCGACACGUCAAAGUUCGAAGGGAGCCUGUCCCGGGUGUCGUCGUACUACUCCGGCUAUCAGAUGCUGAUGGCAAUUUCAAGCAUCAACGCGACGACAAAGGACAGCGGUGGGCCAAUCACGAUCACAUACGAUGAGGACAGUGACAGCUCCUACAGCAGCUCCUCUUACAGCUCGUCGUCGAGUUCGUCUUCCAGUUCAUCCUCAAGUGACUACAUGUUCACCGCGGUGUUCUCCCCGCCUGACGCCCUGAGCACAUUGCCUUCGGACGUGGCCUCUCAGAUCUGGAGCGUCGCAGGAGCUUACUAUGACUCGGAUCUGGAAAUGGCUUUGAUUGGGUGCAAUGCUGGCAAUGACGCCUCGACAAACUUCACCUUCAGGCUUGGCGAGGGCUCCGAUGGCCCCAACAUCACCGUCGCCUUGGAGGACCUAAUCAUUCCUGUGACAGACGUCGACCUGGCAGGCUACUAUUCGACCUACGCGUCCUCCUUGGAACUUGACUCAGGGAAGUGCCUCUUUGGCGUGCAAAACGGUAGCACCUCGAGAUACUCGUACAGCUCCUCGACCAGCUACAACCUCGGCAGCAGUCUUCUCCGCCGGACGUACAGUGUCUUCGACUUCGUCAAUGACGAGGUCGCCAUCGCGCCAGUCAAGUUCGGCGCGACUGAGACGAGCAACAUCGUCCCUUUCGCCACGUACGGCGCCACCGCCCCCUCGUCGACGAUGCGCUGUAUCUAUUCGAGCUGCUACGAGACGACGUCGUCAGAUGGUACCGAUUCCGACUCCGACAGCGACGUGGGCGGACUGCCAGCAGCGGUCCUGUCAGUGCCCGCGCUCAUCGGAAUGAGCUUGGGCAUCGGCUUGGGCGCGCUCCUCCUAGGCCUCGCUGGCUUCCUCAUCUGGAGGCACCGCAGGAAUAAGGCUCUGCCCGCAAAAGACGCCGGGACGUCGGUGUCCAGUGCCGAGGCGGGCGAGUCGGGCCCCCCGCUGCCGUCGCGCGGGGCUGCCGCCGGGGCUGCUGGUGCACCAGAGAUGACGCAGGCUUCGCAGCCGCGGGGGGCCGGCAAGGCGCCCGAGAUCCCCAUGCCUGAGAACCUGGCGCCUGUCGAUGAGCGUCCGGAGGCUUCUACAUCUACCCAUGGUCACGGUCACGGUGUGCACGACGUGGAACCCACGGUGGCUUCAUCGAGCCGUAAUGCUUAA